UCUCAAGGGCAAGGAAAAUUUGGAGAUGUGUUUAUUGCGAAGGCUCAUGGAAUACAAGAAAAUGAAGUUGAAACCCUGGUAAUGGUGAAGGCACUUCACACUCGAGAUGAAAAUGAUCACUUUGAAUUCAAGAGAGAAAUGGAUAUUUUUCACAAAUUGAACCACCAGAAUGUGGUGAAACUUCUAGGAUUGUGUCGAGAUGUGGAACCAUUUCUCGUGAUUGUGGAAUAUAGUGACUGGGGUGACUUGAAGCAGUUCUUGUUAGCAACUCGUAAGGAUACAACUUGUAAAGGUCCUAAACCUCCACCAUUGACUACUUGUCAAAUUAUAAGUAUUUGCCAUCAGGUGGCACUUGGAAUGGAAAACUUAGCAAACCACAGGUUUGUCCACAAAGAUUUGGCUGCAAGAAACUGUCUGAUCACUUCCAAAUUAGGUGUAAAGAUCAGCAGCCCAAGUCUUUCAAAGGACACAUAUGCUCAGGAAUACAGCUAUUUCCAGUUCAAAAAUAUUCCUUUACGAUGGGCACCAGCAGAAGCUGUCCUGGAAGAUGAGUGGUCAACCAAGAGUGAUGUUUGGUCUUUUGCUGUUUUCACAUGGGAAGUUUUCAUGCAGGCAGAGCUUCCUUUUGGUAAUAAGGGAGAUGAAGAGAUACUGCAACUUUUGAGAAACCAUGAAUUGCAGUGGAACCCACCAGAAGGAGCUCCUCAACAGUUAUCAAACUUACUUCUUUCCUGUUGGAACAAAAGUCCAAAAGACAGGCCAACUUUCAGUGAAAUUGCUAUUAAAGUUGGGGAGAUGAAAAUAGAUGAUUAAAUAUUUGCAUAAAGUGACAGAAUAGGAAACUGAAUUCCCUGUUGUUAAAUCUUCUGGGGUGUGAAUGCCGCUAUGGUAUUUUGGCAUCUGCUGGCUGGAUGGCCUCAAUUUGAGCAGACCUCAAUCUUAUGUAUUAUAAAUUAUGUUUAGGUAUACAGAAAACAAACAUACCUACAUCAAACAUCAAUUAAGAGUUUAUUCUGUCAGAAAGAGGUAUUUAAAAAAAAUAACUGCACUCAACAAAAGUAAUAGAUCUGAAGAAAUACUCAUUUUAUUUGUGUUUUUUAUGUCUAUCAAAAAUAUGUAGGAAAUUUUUUAAUUCAUUUUUAAUGCCAGCAACAUUGAUCAAUCCCAUGAACUCUUAUAAAUGAACAUUUAGAACUUGCAUAUUUAUUAAGAGGCAUACAUUGCCAUGGUUUAAUCACUCUUUAUCAAACAUUCAGUUUGUAUCUUAGUCAGCAUUAAACUGGUAAGCUUGCUACUUU